AUAACAGCCUUAGACAAGUGCACAUUUUAUUUCAAAUUUACCCUCCUCUUGCAACGCACACUUCAAAAUUAUCCCAAAAUUAUCUGGGAGCUAUUGAAUAAAUUGUAUCCGAAAAAGAACAAAAUCAUUGAAAAAAAUUCCAAUCAAUUAAACCUGAUGGUUCACCUAUAAAUAUUCAAGAAAAUUUGGAUUUGACAUUUAGAUUCUAAAUUAUAAGGCUAUUGCAUAACUAACCAUGCCUAAAAAGUAUUGUGAAAUUUAAAAAAUCUUGAAAUGAAACAAAAAACAGGUUCGACAUGUAAAAUCAUGAAAAAAAGUUUGAAAAUGAAUUCCAUCAAAAACACUGAAAAGCAAAGCGAACCGAUAAGUAUUUUGGAAAAUAAUGCGUAUUUAAUGACAGGAAUAUGAAAAUAAAAAACCUUGAAAAAUAUCCUUCAUGCUCCAUAGGAAACAUUUGAAUUUGGUGUCAAUUACACAUUAGCAGCCUGUUUUAAUGACUUUAAAAUUGAUAUCUCCAGCAUAUAAAUAAGCGUAAAACCAUUCAGUAUUCAGUACAAGUGUGAUAUUCACUAAAUUAACUCCCAAAGUUUUUAAUCCAACAAAAUGAAGUCAACCACACUUUCAGUUUUAGUGCUUUUAACUAUUGUCAAGCUAACUCUUGCAGCAGAGCAAAACGUUCCAGCAAGUUGUCUGAACAAGAAGUUCAAAAUUGAUCCGUUUUACUGCUGUCCAACUCCGAAGCUGCUGAAUCCUACCAUCGUGAAACAAUGCCUGGAACUCUUCCCAGCUCCAAAGGACGACAAGGACCAAGUCAAACCGGAUUGCAUGUCGGAGUGCGUGAUGAACCGAACUGGAAUUUUCAACCGCAAAAAAGGCGUUAAUGAUGAGAAAGCGAUGGACACCUUCGUGGAAAAGCUGGAAGAUAAAGUUUGGGUCGGUGUCGUUGAAAAUGCUGUAACCGAUUGUUUGGAGCAAAGUGAAACCAGACGUGCCUCGUUUGAAGCCGACACCAAGCAGCUGCAGAAAAGAUUCAAAAAUGACCGCAUCUGCAGCCCCGCUGCCGGAUUCAUCAUGGAAUGUGUGCACGUGUCUGUUUAUAAGAACUGUCCGGAUAAAAAGUUUGCGAAAAAUGAGACUGAAUGCCUUGAAAUCAAGAAACAUUUGACCCAAUGUCCAUUCUACACCAUCUUUGAUCAAAAGCCAACGCCCAAGAAAAAUUAGGCGGAUCAAAAUUCAAAAAUAAUCUUUUAUGUUUUGGGUGAUGGGUAAAUAAACAGCAUGGAAAAACAA